CCGUAAUGACAUUAAUUUUCACUUGGCAGUUGCAUGGAUUAACGAUCGAAGUGUGUUUUUAAAUUAAUUUCUAAUAAGAGAAAGAUUUUAUGUUCAAUAAAUAGUAUUUUAAGUUUAAAAGCAGUUAUAUAAAACCAAGGACUAUCUGUAAAACCUGUUCCAUAUUGAUACAGCAUCUUAUAAACAUGUCUGAACCGGAGCCCGCCGAAGUUACUGAUCAAGAAACUAAACAUGAACAUAGCCCUAGAAAACGCAUACGGCACCGUAAGAAGCAACUUUACGAGAAUAUUCUCAAACAAAUGGAAUUCUACUUUAGUGAUGCUAACUUGACUAAGGAUAGAUUCUUAGGAGACCUCGUGAAGAAUGAUCCUUACGUGCCGCUGGAAUUGUUCCUAAAGUUCAAUAAAGUCCGGUCGCUGACGCAGGAUGUCAACGAUAUAGCUAAAGCUAUGAAGAACUCAACUCUAUUGGAAUUGUCAGAAGAUAGAUUGAAGGUGAAGAGAAAGACUCCAGUUUUGCCAUAUGAUGCUGACUCAAGGACUGUGUAUGUGGAGUCAAUUCCAGUGACAGCCAGCAGGGAAUGGCUGGAGAGAGUGUUCUCGGACUAUGGACAUGUUGCAUACAUAUCUCUGCCAAAGUUUCAACACUCACAGAAAAUAAAGGGUUUUGCGUUCAUUGAGUUCGACAAACCAGAGGCUGCACAGAAAUGCAUAUCUACAUUCACAAAGAUGGGCUGCAAGCUCCCUACGUACAUGCCACCCCAAGAUCUUUCUUCUAUAAAGAUGUUUACAGCAGAGGAACCAUCAUCGGAGACACAAGAGAAGAAGACAGAAGAAGAAGAUGAACCACCGAAAAAAAAGAAAAAGAAGGACAAAAAGACCCUUCAAAAGAGUUUGGAGUUGAAGUUGGGAAGUGAGUCUGAAAGUGAGAAGAGACUUGAUACUCCUACUGAGGAAACAAAAAGCAUUGCGAGCCUAUCGACACCAACAGAGGAAAACAAAUUACUUGAUCUGGAAUCUAAGGAUGAAAUGACUAGUCAAGAUGAAGGGAAGGACACAGGAGAGAGUCCACGGAAGAAGAAAACUCGAAAGCGCACAGCCAAGGAACGUAGCAAUGCUAAGAACAACUUGAGUAAAAAUGAGGCUCCUAGAGGUGCUCUAUGGGGCUUACAAGUAUUAUCUAAAGCGGAGUGGAAAGCGUUAAGGAAUAAGUAUUUGAAUUUACAAAGAAAAAUCAUGAAGGACAUAAAGGCAAACUUGCAUAAUAAGAAGCAUCAGUACUCUAGUAUACCGGCGCCCGCCGCUCCUUCUAUUGAAGUGGAACCAGGUUUGCCAUCAGGCCAAACAGAUGCUCCCAAAGGCAUAGCGUCUGUAGAGAAGGUUCCAGGUUUAUUUGUCAAAGAAAUUUUACCAGAACCAUGCUUAGAUGUGAGGCUUACAAAAAGAACGAUCAGGAGCAAUAUUCACGCAUUACAUGUUGACGUGAAAGAAGGGCAAACAGAGGCAAUUAUUAGAUUUGAUACACCAAAAUCCGCGGAAGAGUACUGUGCCAACGCAACCAACCACGCACGUGUCCUGUCGGGUGCUGAGGAGGAGGAGCAGUGGUCUCGAGCGGAGAGCGCGUUGUCACAUCGUCGGCCGCGCGGCCGUUGCAAACUACUCACACAGCGCGACCUACGGUCCACGCCGAGAGCACUCGCGCCCGCCUCACCGCAACCAACUCAUACGCAUAUACGAUUCGAAGAUGAAUAACGUUUAAAGGUUCCCGUUAUUUCUGUAUUAAGAACCAUUCUCAACAUUUUUUAUUUAAUUUUAUGGUAUUAGAAAUGAUUACGAUGUUAUAAAAAUUUGUUUGUUACGUAAUGGGCGUAAUAACAAAGAAUAUUUUUGUUAUUUCUACCAUUGGCAAAAAAUAUUUUUAACACAUACUAUAUAAUAAUUGAACCAAACUUUGUUAGUCACUGACAAAGAUCAGUCUCAAUAUGUAUUAUCUCACAUUGUAUUUAUUUCACACAAGAUUUAUUAUUCUCAAGUAGCAUGCAAUAUGUAUCUUAUCUAAAUACAUUUAAAUCCUUUUGAAAGUAA